AUGUACCUGAACUCGUGUAGCCACUUGGCCCAGCCGUUGAAGAACCCCGUUGCUCUGCCGGAGUCGGGAGAGUCGAUCCACGACGCCACCUGCGAUGGGGAUGAGAAGGGGAAGGGGGAGGGGAAUGGGAUGGAGAGGAUGGGGAAGGAGAAGGGGAAGCGGAAGCGGAAGGAGGAUGAGAUAGGGAUGGUAGUAGAGAAGGGGAAGAACGAGAAUAAAGAAGAAAAGGUGAAGAAGGGCAAUGCAGGAGGAAUUCUGACUAACAAAACUUUCUCAGAGCUCUGCAUAUCCGAGUUCACUGCCAAGGCCAUCGGAGAGAUGAACUACACCCACCUCACCGAGAUUCAAGCUAGAUCAAUACCGCAUCUUAUGCUAGGAAGUGAUGUGCUGGGUUCAGCCAAAACUGGCUCAGGGAAGACACUUGCCUUCCUUAUACCGGCGACCGAACUGCUGCAUAAAGCAUGCUUCAUGCCAAGGAACGGAACUGGAGUUAUUGUAGUUUGCCCAACAAGGGAGCUUGCUAUCCAGACACACAAUGUUGCCAAGGAAUUAAUGAAGUAUCACUCACAAACUCUUGGAUAUGUAAUUGGUGGCACUAACAUAAGAAAUGAGGCCAACCAGCUUGUGAAAGGGAUCAAUCUGUUAGUUGCAACACCAGGCAGGCUUUUGGACCAUCUGCGAAGUACCAGUGGUUUCAACUAUAAAAGGCUACAGUGCCUCAUAAUUGAUGAAGCUGAUCGCAUACUUGAGCAAAAUUUUGAGGACGAUAUCAAACAAAUAUUUAAACGACUCCCUUGGGAUAGGCAAACUGUUCUUUUUUCAGCCACACAGACUCAAAGGGUUGUAGAUUUUGCGAAUUUUACAUUUGGACAGAAUAAAGAAAGACAAAGGAAACUUGUUUAUGUUGGAGUUGAUGAUUCUAAAUUGAAGAAGCCUACAGUUGAGGGCUUGCAGCAGGGUUAUUGUGUCAUUCCAAGCGAGAAAAGGUUUCUGGUUCUGUAUGCUUUCCUAAGAAGGAUGCAGCUUAGGGAGCAGGAUGUGAAGAUCAUAGUGUUCUUUUCGUCAUGUAGCUCAGUCAAGUUCCAUGCAGAACUUCUAAAUUUCUUUGGGACAGAGUGUUAUGAUAUCCAUGGGCAGCUGAAGCAACAGAAGCGAACUAGUACAUUCUUCCAAUUUUUGAAGGAGAAAAGGGGCAUCUUAUUAUGCACAAACGUGGCAGCACGUGGACUUGAUAUUCCUAAUGUGGACUAUAUUGUGCAAUAUGAUCCUCCAGAUGACCCAAAGGAUUACAUUCAUAGGGUUGGUCGUACUGCCCGAGGUGAUGAAGGCAAAGGAAGUGCAUUAUUGUUCAUACUGCCGGAAGAAUUGAAGUUGCUUAUUUACCUGCAGGCAGCCAAUAUUUCUCUGACUCAAUAUGUGUUCAGUGAGAAGCAUGUGCUUAAAUCGCAAUCACAACUUGAGAACAUUGUUGGUGGGAAUUACUUCCUAAAUCAGUCAGCAAAGGAAGCCUAUAGGUCCUACCUUUUGGCAUACAACUCACACUCUAUGAAAGACAUUUUUUAUGUCCAACUUGAUCUCACGAAAGUUGCGGCAUCUUUCUGUUUUAAGAACCCUCCUAAAGUGAAUCUGGACCUGGAGAGCAGUGCAUCUAAACACCGAAAGAUGAUGAAAGUUGACAGUGGAAAGAAGCAUGGGAUUGGCCAUUCAAACCCUUAUGGAAGGAGAGGCAGAUCCGAUUCCAGGCAGGUUGCAAGAUUUUAG